AGACUUGCCUCGGCAUAAGGCUAUUUGUUCGGGAGCGGUAAUCUGGGGUCUAGAAGGGGACCUGCUCCUCGUAAGACUUUCUGACGUUAUAAGAAGUGCAGCUUGUGUUCGUGCUUUUAUUUGCGAUUGACAAAGAAAGAAAGAGAGCGUUUUUUACUUGACUUUGGGUUCGGAUGCUGGAAUAGAGAGACGAUACACAAGACAAGGAAACAGACAGGACUUGCGCAAGACAUAGAACAAGAACGCGACGUCACCUCUCGAACGAUGCCUUUCAACACAGAGCUCACCCGCCGUCUAGGCAUUCGCGUCCCCGUCAUCCAGGGCGGCCUGAUGCACGUCGGCACCGCAGACCUCGCGUCCGCAGUCUCCAACGGCGGCGGCCUGGGCAUCAUCACCGCCCUCAUCUCCCCCACGCCCGAAGCCCUGCGCGCCGAGAUCCAGCGCUGCCGCACCCUCACCGACAAGCCCUUUGGCGUCAACCUGACCCUCCUGCCGUCCCUCCUCCCCCCCGACUACCCGGCCUACGCCCAGGCCAUCAUCGACGAGGGCGUCAAGAUUGUCGAGACGGCCGGAAACUCGCCCGGCCCGGUCAUUCGCCAGCUCAAGGCCGCGGGCAUCACGGUGCUGCACAAGUGUACUACGAUUCGUCACGCUCAGAGCGCGAUCAAGCUGGGCGUUGAUUUUUUGAGCAUUGAUGGGUUUGAAUGUGCGGGUCAUGUUGGCGAGAGCGACAUUACGAAUUUUAUUUUGUUGAGCAGGGCGAGGCAGACGCUGAAUAUUCCGUUUAUUGCUUCGGGAGGGUUUGCUGAUGGGCAGGGACUUGCGGCGGCGCUGGUGUUGGGAGCUUGUGGUAUCAACAUGGGCACACGAUGGGUAGCAACCCAGGAGUCGCCGGUACAUGUGAAUAUCAAGGAGGCCAUCGUCAAAGGUCAGGAGACGGACACGACGCUGUUGUUGAGACGCUGGACAAACACCACGAGGCUGUACAAGAACAAGGUGGCCACGGAUGCGCUGAAAAUUGAGAGGGAGAGCAAGACGGGCGAAUUCUCGGAAGUAGCGCCUUAUGUCAGCGGAAAGAGAGGGAAGGAGGUCUUCAUUAACGGUGACCCGGAAUAUGGCGUCUGGACGACGGGCCAGGUCAUGGGCCUUAUUCACGACAUCCCGACUUGCGGCGAACUGUGUGCUCGUAUUGAGAAGGAGGCGGAGACUGCGCUGAGGGAGAAGCUGGCUUUGAUUGUGCCUGAUUCGAAGCUAUAAGGGAUGAAAUAACGGCAUGGGUUUAGUCGAUAAUAAUGAAUGAAAUAAAGUUCCCUUUUUACUGAGUCUCAAC